UCAAGGAAUGUAAAAUAACAGGUUAUGCGAAAACAUUUGAUCAUGUCUGAGUCUGUAGUUUGGUGAAAUGAAAAUCAUUCCACAAAAUAUCAUAGUUUGUUAGAUAAAGGCCAUAGCCACAACAGGGAGAGAACAGGUGAUAAACCACUGAUGCCUCCGGGACCAACGGACUGGAGGCCAGACUUCUGCACAUUGGAUCCUCUUUCAUGAGUUCAUGAGCAGGAGAUGGAAGCUGGGAACACUGGUUGAUAUCUGAGUUGGAAAUCUGAGUAAAAUGUUAAAUUUCUGGAUCCUGAUCUUGAUUUCAGUUGUGCUCAGUGUUGUGAUUGCAAUACUGAUUACUUUGUUUGUUCAUAACACAAGAGAACUCCAGAGUAAAAAACAAAGAGAGGACCAGAGACUACAGAGUGAAGACCAGACCCUGAAGAGUAAGAACCAUACCCUAAAGAGUGAGAACCAGACCCUAACGGUUGAGAACCAGCCCCUAAAGAGUGAGAACCAGACCCUAAAGAGUGAGAACCAGACCCUGAGGAGUGAAAAGAUAAAGAGUGAAGAUCAGACCCUAAAUAGUGAGAAACAGACCCUAAAGAGUGAGAACCAGACCCUAAAGAGUGAGGACCAGACCAUAAAAAGUGAGGACCAGAUCCUAAAGAGUGAGAACCUUAAGAGUAAAGAUCAGACCAUAAAGAUGGAGACCAAGACCCAAAAGAGUGAGAGCCUAAAGAAUGAAGACCAGACCUUAAAGAUAGAAACCCAGAUCCAAAAGAGUGAGAUUCUAAAGAGUAAAGAUCAAACCCUAAAGAAUGAGAACCUAAAGAGUGAGGACCAGAGCCUCAAGAGUGAGAACCUAAAGAAUGAGAACCAGACCCUAAAGGAUGAAAACCUAAAGAGUGAGAACCUAAAGAGUGAGAACCAGACCCUAAAGGAUGAAAACCUAAAGAGUGAGAACCUAAAGAGUGAGAACCAGACCCUAAAGGGUGAAAACCUAAAGAGUGAGAACCAGACCCUAAAGGAGGAAAACCUAAAGAGUGAGAACCAGACCCUAAAGAGUGAAGAUCAGACUCUAAAAAGUGAGAACGUAAAAAGUGAGAACCAGACCCUUAAGAAUGAAAACCUAAAGAGUGAAAACCAGACCCUAAAGAGUGAGAACCAGACCCUAAAGAGUGAGAACCAGACUCUCAAAAGUGAGAACGUAAAAAGUGAGAACCCGAGCCUAAAGAGUGAGAACCAGACCAUACAGAGUGAAGACCAGACUCUAAAGAGUGAGGACAAGAGACUGAAGAUUGAGAACCUAAAGAGUGAGAACCAAACCCUAAAGAGUGAGAACCAGACCCUAAAGAGGGAGAACCAGACCCUAAAGAGUGAAGAUCAGGCUCUGAAAAGUGAGAAUGUAAAAAGUGAGAACCAGACCCUAAAGAGUGAGAACCGGACCCUAAAGAGUGAGAACCAGAUCCUACAGAGUGAAGACCAGACUCUAAAGAGUGAGGACCAGAGACUGAAGAGUGGGAACCUAAAAAAUGAGAACCUAAAGAGUGAGAACCAGACCCUAAAGAGUGAAGAUCAGACUCCAAAGAGUGAGAACCUAAAAAGUGAGAACCAGAUCCUGCAGAGUGAAGAUCAGACCCUAAAGAGUGAGAACCUAAAAAGUGAGAACCAGACCCUAAAGAGUGAGAACCAGACCCUAAAGAGUGAGACCCUAAAGAGUGAGAACCAGACCCUUAAGAGUGAGAACCAGACCAUAAAGAAUGAAGAUCAGACUCUAAAGAGUGAGAACCUAAAAAGUGAGAACCAGACCCUAAAGAAUGAGAACCUAAAGAGUGAGAACCAGACCCUAAAGAGUGAAGAUCAGACUCUAAAAAGUGAGAACCUAAAAAGUGAGAACCAGACCCUAAAAAUGAAAUCACUGUUAAGAAAAUAUGCAGCAGUGAAUGUGACUCUGGAUCCUGAUUCAGCUCAUCCUGAUCUAAUUUUGUCUGAUGAUGGGAAACAAAUGAGAUAUGAAUACAAACUUAAAAGAGUAAAGGAUGGAAAUAAAGAGCAAAAUAACACAUAUUUCUGUGUUCUUGGAAAGCAAGGAUUCGCCUCAGGGUGUUUUUACUAUGAGGUGCAGGUGAAGGGGGAAACAAGGUGGUAUUUAGGUGUGGCCAAAGACUCUGUUAAAAGGAAGGGCGAGAUCAGUCUGAAUCCUAAGAAUGGAUUCUGGACUAUGGGAAGGAGAGAUGGGAUGUAUUUGGCUUGUGAGAAUCCAUAUAUUCCUCUUUUCCUGAAUGUGGCGCCUCGGAGAGUUGGGGUGUUUGUGGAUUAUGAGGAGGGUCGGGUGUCUUUUUAUGAUAUGGAGUCUGUUUUUCAUAUCUACUCCUUCACUGCACAGUCUUUUGAUGAACAUCUAUAUCCUUUUUUUUCUUUGGGUCAUGAUUGGUCUAAAAAGUCAGAUGUAUCACUUGUCAUCUAGUGAUCUCUCAUAAGAUCUGAUCUAAAAUAAUCUCCAAUAGAGAGGGAAUCACAGCCCCCAUUCAAAAAGACUUGUGAUA